GCCACGUUUGUUAUGAAAGUGACACAAAAGUCAGGUUAUGUGUUUUGUUUUGGUGCGCGUUUAAAACAAAACAAAUCAUGAGUGAAGGCGAUCCCCCUAUUAAAAGGUAUAGGAAGGAAAUUAAAGAUGAUUCCGACUCUGACGAUUCCAAAUACGUCCCAUACGUUCCGAUCAAAGAGCGCAAAAAACAAAAACUUCUCAAGCUCGGGAGGCUCGGCCAAAUAAAGGAGGCCGAGCAAAGUAAGGUGAAAUCGUCGAGCGAGAAUGACAGUAACAUCGAGGACGAGGACGAGGAUCAAGCCUGGGGUAGGAAAAACAAUAUAUCGUUGCUUGAUCAGCAUACAGAAUUAAAGAAGUUAGCCGAAGCAAAGAAAGUCAGCGCAGUCGAGCGGCAACUACGCAAAGAAGAAGAAAUAUUGGAGAGUGUAGCCGAAAAGAAGGCUUUGAUGGGUGUUUCAGAAUUGGCGAAAGGAAUUCAGUACAGCGAACCAAUAAAGACAAGUUGGCGGCCUCCGCGGCAUAUCCUGGCCAUGUCUGAAGCAAGGCACGAACGUUUACGGGCCGAACUUAGGAUUCUGGUGGAAGGAGAAGACGUACCUUCUCCUAUUCGUUCGUUCAAAGAAAUGAAACUCCACAAAGGCAUUAUAGCCGGUUUAGAAGAGAAAAAAAUUAAAAAACCCACUCCCAUUCAAAUCCAAGGCAUUCCGACUGUUUUAUCAGGUCGCGACAUGAUUGGAAUUGCAUUUACUGGGUCUGGCAAAACGCUAGUUUUCGCACUGCCACUAAUUAUGUUCUGCCUCGAGCAAGAGAUGAAGAUGCCCUUCAUCAAAAAUGAAGGACCGUACGGACUAAUUAUUUGCCCUUCGAGGGAACUUGCGAAGCAAACUUUCGAUAUUAUACAAUUUUUCUGUGAUGCGCUCCAGAAACAUGGCAUGCCGGAAAUACGGAGUUGUCUAGCAAUUGGUGGCGUACCAGUUUCAGAGUCAAUUGAAAUUAUCCAAAGGGGAGUGCAUAUUAUGGUAGCAACUCCUGGAAGACUCAUGGAUAUGCUCGAAAAAAAAAUAGCACGGUUAAGCGUUUGCAGAUACUUAUGUAUGGACGAAGCGGAUCGUAUGAUUGAUUUAGGUUUUGAGGAAGAUGUUCGGACAAUUUUUUCAUACUUUAAUGGACAGAGACAAACCUUAUUGUUUUCUGCUACGAUGCCGAAAAAGAUCCAAAAUUUCGCUCGGUCGGCUCUUGUGAAACCAGUUACUAUUAAUGUGGGACGUGCCGGUGCUGCAUCUAUGAAUGUUAUUCAAGAAGUGGAAUACGUAAAACAAGAAGCGAAGGUAGUCUAUCUGUUGGAGUGCUUACAAAAAACUCAACCACCAGUACUAAUCUUCGCUGAGAAGAAGCAAGACGUAGACGCAAUUCACGAGUAUCUACUAUUGAAAGGGGUGGAGGCGGUUGCAAUUCACGGCGGUAAAGAUCAAGAAGAACGGUCUCGAUCAGUUGAGGCGUUCAGAAAGCAACAAAAAGAUGUACUCGUCGCCACCGAUGUUGCUUCGAAGGGAUUAGAUUUCCCUGACGUACAACACGUGAUUAACUACGACAUGCCAGAUGACGUUGAAAAUUACGUGCACAGGAUUGGUCGUACUGGGCGAUCUGGGCAACAAGGCCUCGCCACAACUUUUAUUAAUAAGGCCAACGAUGAGUCGGUAUUAUUGGACUUAAAACAUUUGUUGAUGGAGGCUAAGCAGAAGGUGCCCACUUUUCUGUCUGAGUUAUGCUCGGAAAGCGAGAAGUAUCUCAAUUUGGGAGAUGAUAGGGGUUGCAGUUAUUGCGGUGGAUUGGGUCAUCGAAUCACCGAUUGUCCUAAGUUGGAAGCGUUGCAGAACAAACAAGCCUCAAACAUUGGAAGGCGUGACUAUUUGGCAAACACCGCCGCUGAUUAUUAGUUUGUGGCGAAUUUUAUUUGCCAUAGGUCUAGACCUAGGCAUUUAUGUAAAUACUUGGUCUAUUUAAAUAUUUAGUGAAUUUCUAGAACAUUACAAUCGUGAUUAAUUGUCGUAUGCAAUCGUUGAGAAUGUGUGGUAAUUUAAUACGCCAAGAUAGCAUGUAAACGUUUGUUGUUCAUAAAAAAUUGUCCUCUAAU